CUGAACAGGGAAGCUACCCUGAGCUUCCUGGUGAUAGUUACCAGACAGAGUGAGCACAUCAGGAGGAGUGGCUUUGAGAAACCUGUUGGAGGUGAGUCUUAUUCCUGUUCGCUCUCCUGCCCGUCAACAACAUGGCGAACUGAGCACUCAGCACCUGCGCUUUUCACAGCUCUGUAUACUUACUUCUCCCCUAGCCUGAUGUACAGUUCCUGAUCAAGAAUCAACCGAUUAGAUUAGAUUUCCGGCGUGUGUUUUGAGGUUGGACCGGUGUAUCAAUGAAACCCUUAGCGGAACCAUGUAACGAGCAUCAAAAGAAGCGCGGUGAGAAAAGCCCCGGGGAGAUGAUGGCGAGUGAAGCGGUACCUGCUGCAAACACAGAAGAGGGUCGAACCCAGAUGAAUGGGUUCUCUGUGCCUCAUGAUGUGAGCAGUCCUGUUUCACAGUCCCAGCAUGCGUCUAGCCUGUCCUCUCCUGUCCAUCAACCACCGGUCAGCCUUCCCAGAGGGCAGUGGGGUGGCAAGUAUGAGUUUCUGCUCUCCUGCAUCGGCUACUGCGUUGGCCUGGGAAACGUCUGGAGAUUCCCUUACCUUUGUUACCGGAAUGGUGGAGGUGUGUUUCUCAUCCCUUACUUCAUCAUGCUCUUCUUCACGGGCAUGCCCCUCUUCCUCAUGGAGCUCAGCCUGGGUCAGUACGGAGCCGCAGGCCCCAUCACCGUCUGGAAGUGCUGUCCGCUACUCAAAGGGAUUGGUAUUGGGAUGCUCUGUGUGUCCACUUUGGUAUGUCUCUACUACAACGUCAUCAUCGCUUGGACGUUUUAUUACCUGGGAAGUUCUUUCCAGAGCCCGCUGCCGUGGUCCUGUUCUGCUAUUACUAAUGCUGCACUGUGUGGAAACAACACCAACGUCACACAUUCCCUUAGUGCAUCUGAGGUCUUCUGGAAUGAACGUGUCCUGGGCGUGGUCAACAGUCAGGGCCUGGAUGACCCCGGGCCGGUGAGGUGGCCACUUGCUCUGUGUUUGCUGGCCGCCUGGGUCAUUAUUUUCCUCUGCAUACUGAAGGGGAUUCACAGCUCUGGCAAGGUGGUGUACGUGACGGCCACGUUCCCCUACUUUGUCCUGAUCGUUCUGAUCAUCAGAGGGGCCACUUUAGAGGGAUCGCUCCAAGGUGUAGCCUUUUAUCUCACUCCAGUCUGGGAGCGGCUGGCUAACGCACAGGUGUGGAAUGAUGCAGCCUCACAGAUCUUCUACUCACUGGGCAUUGGAGUAGGAGGCCUUCUUUCUAUGGCUUCCUACAAUAAAUUUGACAAUAAUGUCAUCAGGGACACCCUAAUCAUCACCAUAGGCAACUGUGCAACUAGCUUCUUUGCAGGCUUUGCUAUCUUUUCUAUCCUGGGUCACAUGGCCUGGAGGAAGGGUGUGCCUGUGGAACAGGUUGCAGAUACAGGUCCAGGCUUGGCUUUUGUAGCUUAUCCAGAAGCCCUGGCUCUUCUGCCCGGUUCAGUUUUCUGGGCCAUUCUUUUUUUCCUCAUGCUCUUUAUGCUUGGAGUGGACACACUGUUUGGUAAUAUGGAAGGUAUUACCACAGCAGUACUGGAUGAGUUUCCUCAGCUCAGAACCAAUAUGAAGCAGAAGACCAUUUUCUUAGCCUUACUCUGCUUUGGCUUCUACCUCAUGGGCCUGUUACUGGUCACUGAUGGAGGGAUUUACUGGUUCACCCUCAUAGACUCAUUCAGCACCAGUUUUGGUCUCAUCAUCAUCACUCUGUUCAUGUGUCUGGGCAUCUCAUUCUUCUAUGGUGUAAACCAGUUCUGCCAGGACAUAGAGGACAUGAUCCGCCCCUGCCCGUCCUGGUGCACCAAACUGCUGCUCUACUUCAAAGCAUGUUGGGUAUUCUGCACGCCCUUCCUGUUACUGUUCAUCCUGACCUACAUCUUCAUCGAGAUGUACAGAACGUCCCUGCAUUACGGCUCGUAUCAGUACCCCACGUGGGGCAAAGGCCUGGGGGUAUGUAUGGGCGUCGUGUGCUGCCUGCAGAUCCCCAUCUGGGCUAUCGUGGCUGUCUGGAAGGAGUCUGGCACCAUGACGGAACGCUUCCAGAAAGCCAUCCGACCACUGAACUCCUGGCGAGACAACAACCAGAGCAAUGGCAAUCAGGAGCAGAGGGCAGAGCCUGAGAGAGUGGAGGGACCCUACACAGUCAACCUGACCGAUUUGGACUUCACUGCGAUGGCCUGGGAUACGAGUGAGGCGUAACACUGCACCAGUGUGAGGAGGAUGAACUGCACCUUUCUGUUAAAGGGGAUGAAUGUCGAAGCUCACACUGUCUGGGGACCAAAAAUAUGUACUGAAUAUAAAAUGCACGAUCUGUUUAGUGCAUUGACAGUGCCUAUUUCCUUAAAGGAACUCGACAAAGCUGGAAAUGAGUUUUGUUUUUGCUGACAGUUUUCUGAAAAGGCAUGAGAAGUGCUCGCCGGUUUAUACUUUCAACCAUGGUCACUGUUUAGAAAGCAGUAAAAGCUUCCCCAAUGGGGAUUUUUUUUAUAAAGACAGGUUAAAUUUCCUCCAAAACAUCAGCCAGUUUUUGAUGAUCAUUUUAUUCAAAUAUAUAUUUUAUGGAGUAAUAUGUUACUAGGGUGGGCAUCCUAGUGGCCUCAACCUGCCAUUGAGAAUUGAGUUUGUAUCUCACCGCUAGGCCGGGGGUCGAAGAGGAGCAUAAUCAACCCUGCUGUUUGGGAGGGAUAGAGGGUCUUACCCUGUGUUCACACUAGCAAGUUGCUCGUGUUGCUAGUAGUUUGUCUCUUGUAGUGACUGCCUUUCAGCACCAGUUUUGGUCUCAUCAUCAUCACUCUGUUCAUGUGUCUGGGCAUCUCAUUCUUCUAUGGUGCGCCUCCCACCACGCUUCCUCCAUCUCACACUUACACCACCAUAUUAACACUUGUCCAUUAACACUUGAAUAUCGUAAGCAGAGGUUUUACUCUGGAUCGAUGUUACCUCAGCUUGCUGUAUUUGCCGCAACUUUAAUGACAUCCCAUCAAUGUACCAACCAUUCAUGUUUUCACAAUUGCUAACAAGCAACAAGCUGUAAACCCCCU